AGUUCACAUCAGCUUUUUUCCGUUCUUCAAUUUUCGUCGCUUUCAAUUCAAAAUUUUCAAUUCUCAAGGUUUAAAUUCAUGUUUAUUCAACGUAGAAUGUUUCUUCCAGUGCUUCGAUAAAGUUUCAGUAUUUUCGGUUCGUUAGUUUGUGAAAUAUCUUCAAUCAUCAGUAUUUGGUAUGUUCCAACACGUUUCAUUCGUCACGAGUGCUUCGAAUUUUUAUCUUCAAUCCAAAUUUAUUCACUUCUCAGUGUGAGAACUCAAAUCAUUUUCAUAUUACUGAUUAUGAAAAUCAAGUUUCCAGAACAUUCAACAUUCAGCAACAAGUUAUAUGAUUGAACUGAACAUUCAUUUGCGGUAGGCAUUUUGUGGUAGGGCUUGAGGCCCAAUUUCGCAUUCAUUCGUUUCAUUGAAGUAAUUCUGGUCUCGCGGGACAUUAUUACUGGUGUGUUGCUUGCAUUCCAAGAUCACACUCUCAUCAUUUCACGGUGCAGUCAGACGUUCUGCUCUGUAUCCGUUUUGUUAGGUUAGUCAACUAGCUACCUAAUCAUUCAUUGCUAGAUCGAAGUAUUAGCAAUUUUCAUGUCUACCCCGUAGAUGGUGUAUCAGUUUCAAUCAGUUCUUUUAGUGAUCUACGAACAUUUGUUACAUUUCAUUCACCAUGCCAAGCAUUUGGAUGGUUGUCUAUUCAGACAUUCACUUAGCAUCAGUGUUGUGAUUUUUGGCCGUAGCCAACUCAAUUAACUUUGCAUUUCAUUCACCGUGCCUAACUUUUGGACGGUUCAUUCAAUUCAAAUUCAGUGAAUCUUCAGCUACGUUACUUUCAAGUUUAUGUGUUGCAUAUCUCAACUGUGUCACACCGUCAUUGUGUCAGUCUUGCCCGUAUUGCACUGACAAUAGUUAACCUGACAUUACCCACUCAUCGCUGUGUCGCCGCCGUUCCUGUGUCGUCACCACUGAGCCAUCGCUGUUGGCUAUCCUGAUUCGUCACCAUUCCAGUCCGGAGUCUGUCGCUCGGAUUGAUUCUUGUCCUGCUUGCGGGUCAUCCAAGUCGCCGCUCUUCAUGGCUCGCCGUCCAGUCCAGCUCCGGUAGCUCGCUCUGGUCCGCUCCAUUUCGUGGGUCCAUCCAGGUCUCCACCAUCGUCCGGUAUCAUCGAGGGGGUCUCGAUGUACUGCCCAUCCAAUUCAAGAUUGGAUCUCAUGCUCUUCAUGCAUUUGAUAAGUAUUCUGUAUCAAUUUUGAAUCAUUAUCAGCAUUUUUCAUUAUUUGUUCAAUUGCCUUGUUUGUUUAAUUAUUAUUUGACCUUUUCAGGGUUUACUUGGAAUUAUUUAUUCUAAAGUCGCGAUUCCCAUUUGUAGACACAACUUUUUACCAAUAUUUUUGGAAGUAUUGCAAGUAUUUGUACUUUACAUUUUUCAUAUUGACUUAUUUAAAUAUCGAUCAACUUCCAAUUAAUUUUUUGUUGACUUAUUAUUCAUAUUGACUUAUUAUAUCAAGCAUUAAGAUUUAGUCUAGGCCAUUGUCAAUUACGUUCUUGAAUACAGUGUCUGUUUCAUUUCACUGUACUACCUAUUUUAUAUUGUCUUUAAAAUUAUUAAUUACAUUGAAUAUAUGCUUUUCAAUUGACGUUCAACUCAUGAUUAUUUAGUGUAUCUAAUAAAACCUAUCCAGAACUACAAAGGUUUUAAUAUGUCCUGAAAGCAUUCGUUUUUUUGUUACCUUUAGUAUUUACAUUUCAAUUGUUCUGUUUUGGCAGUUUACCUUUACCUUUUGUACUUUUUGAGAUUACUCAUUGACCUGACUUUUCUCUAUUACUUAUUGCCAUUUGAAAGUUUAUUUUCUCUUUGAAUUUAUUCAUUAACUCAUUACGGAGCAUUACAUAUAGUAGUUUUGUACUUGUUCAUUAGUCACAAAUUGUUUUGUUUACUAGGAAUUUGGUCUAGUACCUAAAUUAAAUUUUCCUGUUAGCAAUUCAACAUUUAUCAACUGACAAUCUCAAUUUUUUACUAUGUAUUUUUUAUUGUUUUGUACUCAUGAUUAUUGAGUCAAUUUAUCAUAUUUCAACUGAUUGUCUCAAUUUUUUAUUAUGUCAUUUUUAUUGUUUUGUACUCCUGACUAUUGAGUCAAUUAUUCGUAUCUCGUCAGUCAACUGCCCUGUGUGGCAUUUCCUAAAUCUAAGACAAUAUGUCACGUUUCUCAAAGUAUACAAUAAAUCUAUUGAACUGUUUUACUUAAACCUUACUUUUAUUUGGCGUCUUUCCCAGCUACCAGUUUUAUUAUAAAUUAUCAUUCAUUUUUUAGCAUGUUGGAUUUGUGCAGUAGUACAAUAAAUAUACAAUUCAUACAUCUUAACAUUUUUUAUUUACAAAAGCAUUUCUUACAGUCCACUAUUAUUUCAUUCAGUGGCACAGAUCACACAUGUUAAAAUGGUCCUCCUUCGGCCAGAUCAAGGCCAGUGACCUGGGACAACUCAUUAUCUAAUGACCCCUGGUCAACUCAAACUUUUUUAAAUUUGUAAAAAAAAAAAAAAAUCAUCCUGAUCUUUAACAUUGACGCCUUAGUUUAGGGUCCAAUUUUUGACAUUAACUAUUGUAUUAGCAUUGUUUGUAUUAAUAGAUUCUCAUUCAUUUCAAGGUUAACUGGACCCCAGACAAGCACGCUGCGCUCGUGUUGGUACCAGUUUCUCAAGACCUGAAUCAUUGUAAGCUGCCACACUGCAUCCUGUGCACAAGUUGCUCGAGCGCCACCAUUAUCACUUGCUUGGUGUCACAUCACUCAGUUCAUUUGGCUCUCCACACAAGCCUUGGUGACACAUCUUCUUGCAAACGUUUGCGCUUUAAACGUGGGCACACGCACAACUACAGUUGGCAGCAUUUUAGGGUCGCAAGUAUUCUAAUUUUAAGUUGUAGUAAUCUUUGUAAUCAUGGCUACUGAAGUUCUUCCAACUGAUAUCUCGGCGCUAAUAGCAAAGAGAAAAAAUCUGUUUGAUCACCUACAGUGGCUCAUUGAUCAGUUUAAUUUUGAAACGCCUAGAAAUCAGCUAGAAUAUCAUGAAUUAAUCACUGUCAAAGAGGAAAUUGAUACCCUUCGACACGCCUAUGUUAAUAUCAAGGAUAGCUUAGACGAAGGGGAUCCCAAUGGAGACAAAACUAUUCAUUAUGAAAUUUCAAAAAAUUUUAUUAACAUUACUUCUAGAAUCAAGGCCAAUCUGGCAGCCUUUGAAGAGGCCAAUAGGGUUCUCGUUGAACCUGCAUUAGUGCAUGCCCCCACUCCACGACCUAUUCAAUUUUCACAAGGUUUCAAAUUACCAGAAAUACCAUUACCUCGUUUUAAUGGUGAUUUUGAAAAUUGGUUGAAUUUUCGUUCUGCAUUUACUAGUAUUAUAGUUGAUAAUGAUUCAGUUGAUAACAGUGCAAAGUUUCAAUAUCUCAAACAGGUAUUAUCCGGCGAAGCGUUGAAUAGAAUCGCCAAUGCACCACCAGGUGAUUUCACUUUAGCUUGGAAUUUGUUGAAAACCAGGUACGACAAUCCAAUACUUAUUGCUGAUCGACAUGUUUCGGCAAUCUUGAACCCACCGCAACUCAAUUCAAAAUCAGCACAAUCUUGGCGCAGUCUUAUUGACCAUCAAAAAACAAACAUUUUUGCUUUAGAAGCACUUGAUUUAGGUAUAGAUGUUAAAGACCUUCUGUUCAUGUAUGUCACUGUGUCUCGUUUUGAUAUUGCUACCCUACGUGAUUGGGAGCGAUACAACUCUACUAUGGAUGAUGUUUCUAUUGACAAUCUCUGGAACUUUAUGGAGUCCCAACAUAAAGUGUCACAAGCUGUGUCACUUAAUUUGAAUCACUCAGCUCAGGUCAAUCCUAGGGCUAACCAGCAGCAGCCCAGCAGAUCGGCAGCUCUUUCUUUCAACUCUAACAAUCGUAGUAUUGGAACAUCCAAUUCAUCAUUCAACAACAGUCGCAGUACUGCUACACCCAAUUCGGUAUUUCAACGUCCCAAUGCUUGCUUGUAUUGUAACAACUCAGCACAUUCUGUCUUCACUUGUUCUCAGCUGUCAAAUCUACAGCCACAAGCUCGUGUUGACGCAGUACGCAAAAAGCACUUGUGCUUCAAUUGUCUCCGCCCAUUUUCAACAGGACACCAAUGCUUUGGUGCAUGUAAGCAGUGUGGCAAGGCACAUCAUUCCAUUUUGCACGGUGCAUCAUUUCAAUUUACGUCAUCUGGCUCUAAGGCUACAGCAAAUGCCAACAGUGUUCAAUUAAGGAAUACUACAAUUUCCUCCAACAGCAGUCGUUCAGCACAUCUUCACAGCUGCAGUUGUGGUUCACAGCCGGCAGUCAACCUCCGCACGUCGCCGCUCGCUUCAUCAUCAGUUGUCGCAUCUACUUCUGAACAGUCAUUGAAUUCAACUGUAGAGUCAUCUGCUAGGUCGCCGAUUCCAGCCGCUGGUCAAGUAGUUAGUAAUUCCAGUCACACAUAUGAUGGCAACAAAAAUUCAACAGUAUCCAUCAUGCCUACUGCAGAGGUAGUAGUCUAUGAUAAGGUUGGUCAACCUAUUUUGUGUCGCACGUUGUUGGACACAGGUAGUGACACCUGUUUCAUUUCCAAACAUCUUGCUUCACGGUUGUCUUUAGUUUCAACUUGUCAUAACAAUACUAUACAUACAGUUUCUGGCAUCAAUACAGCACCGAUGUAUUCCACAUCUGUGGAAGUGUUUUCUUCUGAUCGCACAUGGUCUAGAAAGGUCUCUUGCAUUAUUGCCGACAAAAUUACACCCAGUCUUCCACCAGUAGGAAUUGAUAUUUCAAAACUUAGUUUGCCCACUCACAUUCAGCUUGCUGAUCCUGCUUUUCACCUUUCUCAGGGAAUCGAUCUUCUUUUGAGCGUUUCAGUCUAUGCUUCCAUAUUGACAUUCGGUCAAAUUCAAAUUUCAUCUGACUGCAUUUUGCAAGGCACCAAACUAGGUUGGGUGGUUUGGGGUGCUGUCUUGUCCACGCAUUCAUCUCAGAUAGAACCUUCUGUUCAUUCCAACUUCAUUUCUACUUGUGAGAUUUCCAAUCAGAUGGAAAAAUUUUGGAAGCUUGAAGAAGUUCUUCCUAAGGACAAUCUAACAGCUGAGCACCGAAAGAUUGAACAGCAUUAUCUUGCCAAUGUCGAGCGUGCCUCAGACGGCAGAUUUUCUGUGGCUCUUCCCAAAAAAGAGUCAUUUCACACUCUAGGUCAAUCUCGUUUCCAAGCUCUUAACCGUUUCCAUUCACUGGAAAAAAGAUUGGCUGCUAAUCCUGAAUUGAAGGAGCAGUAUACGGCAUUCAUGGAUGAGUAUCAAUCAUUGGGACACAUGUCUCCAGUUUCACCCUCAACCUGGAAGGAGAUUUCAUCGAAUGUAAUCAUUUCACAGCCUAAAAUCUCGCUUGUCACUUGUUCAACAACUUCAUUGUUUUCAGAUUUAUCGUCAAAAAUUUCAUCAUAUCACAAAUUAGUUCGCAUUGCUGCUUACAUUCUUCGUUUCAUUCAUAAUUUGAAGCAUUGCCGUGAACCAGCAUCUCAGCAAUCUGUUGAACUGUCGGUUCAGGAAAUUCAAGCUGCUGAAUUGCGCAUCAUUCAAGACAUUCAAUCAGAUGUUUUUGCCGACGAUUUGAAAUCUUUGCGUCAGGGUAAGGAGCUGCCCUCCAAUAGUUCUAUCAAGUCACUCUCUCCAUUUAUUCAUACUGACAAUCUUCUGAGAGUAGGUGGUCGUCUUCGGGAGGCAGAUAUUCCAUUCGACUAUAAACAUCAAAUCUUAUUGCCAGCUAAACAUAGGUUCACGCGUGCGCUCAUUGUCUCAUUUCAUAGACGUCUUCAACAUGCUGGCGUUCAGGUCACUAUGGCCAGUAUUCGACAACGUUUUUGGAUACCAUCCACCCGUCGCAUCAUCAAGAGUGUAAUAAAGGGUUGCAAAAUGUGUUUUCGUUUCUCUACGUUUCGUUCCGAGCAAAUCAUGGGGCAUCUUCCCGCAGUUCGUGUACAACCGGAUUUUCCAUUUUAUAAUUGUGGAGUUGACUACGCAGGUCCUCUUUCAAUUCGUCUUGGUGGCUCAAAGUCGCGCAAUUUCUCCAAGGCUUACCUUGCUUUGUUUAUUUGCAUGGUAACGCGCGCAGUUCACGUAGAGGUGGUCUCCGAGCUUUCAACAAAGGCCUUCAUUGCCGCACUCAUCAGGUUCUCUGCUCGUCGUGGCAUCCCUUUUGCCAUUCAUUCAGACAAUGCUACAACGUUUGUUGGCGCUCACAAUGAACUCAAUGAGUUACAUGCAUUUCUUUCAGAUUCUGCUAUUCAGUCUGAAAUUCACAACUUUGCCGCCGUUUUCAACAUUGGUUGGCAUUUCAUCCCUCCCAGGGCUCCUCAUUUUGGAGGUCUAUGGGAAAACGCUGUAAAAAAUUUUAAACGAAUUUUCAGAGUGGUCACUUUGAAUAAGAUUUUGAAUUUUGAAGAGCUUUCCACGCUGUCUGCACAGAUUGAAGCUAUCCUCAACUCCCGGCCUCUUGUGCCUCUGUCUGAGGACCCUCAAGAUUUAGCAUACUUGUCUCCUGGGCAUUUUUUGGUUGGUCGUCCGCUCACCGCACUGCCGUUCCACACACCAACCACCACUCACAUCGAUCACCGUUCACGCUGGCGUCAGUUAGCACUGAUCACUCAGGAACUCUGGGAUCGUUGGUCUGCUGAGUUUCUAGUCACACUUCAAAGGAAGAGCAAGUGGAGCUCUGAAUCUGAAAACCUGCAGAUUGGUGCUGUGGUUAUUCUCAAGGACACGGGUACGUCACCUUCGGUAUGGAAACUUGCGCGCAUCACGGCCGUUCAUCCAGGGAAGGACAACAAGGUACGGGUGGUCACCGUUCGCACCGCAUCAGGCACUUUCAAGCGGGCUAUUUCUAGCAUUGCACCGCUUCCACUCGACGAGGAAUUUUCUGAUUAAUUCAGCAUUGCUCAUCCGACAUAAUCUCCGUUUCUUUUUUGUUCUCUCGUAUGUCUCUCUUUUGAGACCCUGCAGGCCUCAAGGGGGCCAGGUUUAUGUCAGAUUUCGCACUAUGCAUUGUGUUCUUGUCCCAACUUGUCGCGUUAGUGCGCAAGUCACUUUGUCAUCGGUCCACUUUCACUGUGUUUUCUGCAGUUCACGGAUUACAUCAGUUUUUUGUCAUGCUACAUUUGUACAUUAAUUUUAUUGUACAUUUUGGUAUUAUUUAAUAUUAUUUUGGAGUAUUUCCUACCGUGUCUAGACGUUUUUUACGCAUAUCUUUUUCAUCGACGUGGCUAUGCGUGGCUUCUUGCAGCGCGGUUCGUGCAUGCACUUUUCUGUUUCCUUCUACACACAGCAAUGGCGUAACAGUUCACAUCAGCUUUUUUCCGUUCUUCAAUUUUCGUCGCUUUCAAUUCAAAAUUUUCAAUUCUCAAGUUUUAAAUUCAUGUUUAUUCAACGUAGAAUGUUUCUUCCAGUGCUUCGAUAAAGUUUCAGUAUUUUCGGUUCGUUAGUUUGUGAAAUAUCUUCAAUCAUCAGUAUUUGGUAUGUUCCAACACGUUUCAUUCGUCACGAGUGCUUCGAAUUUUUAUCUUCAAUUUAAAUUUAUUCACUUCUCAGUGUGAGAACUCAAAUCAUUUUCAUAUUACUGAUUAUGAAAAUCAAGUUUCCAGAACAUUCAACAUUCAGCAACAAGUUAUAUGAUUGAACUGAACAUUCAUUUGCGGUAGGCAUUUUGUGGUAGGGCUUGAGGCCCAAUUUCGCAUUCAUUCGUUUCAUUGAAGUAAUUCUGGUCUCGCGGGACAUUAUUACUGGUGUGUUGCUUGCAUUCCAAGAUCACACUCUCAUCAUUUCACGGUGCAGUCAGACGUUCUGCUCUGUAUCCGUUUUGUUAGGUUAGUCAACUAGCUACCUAAUCAUUCAUUGCUAGAUCGCAGUAUUAGCAAUUUUCAUGUCUACCCCGUAGAUGGUGUAUCAGUUUCAAUCAGUUCUUUUAGUGAUCUACGAACAUUUGUUACAUUUCAUUCACCAUGCCAAGCAUUUGGAUGGUUGUCUAUUCAGACAUUCACUUAGCAUCAGUGUUGUGAUUUUUGGCCGUAGCCAACUCAAUUAACUUUGCAUUUCAUUCACCGUGCCUAACUUUUGGACGGUUCAUUCAAUUCAAAUUCAGUGAAUCUUCAGCUACGUUACUUUCAAGUUUAUGUGUUGCAUAUCUCAACUGUGUCACACCGUCAUUGUGUCAGUCUUGCCCGUAUUGCACUGACAAUAGUUAACCUGACAUUACCCACUCAUCGCUGUGUCGCCGCCGUUCCUGUGUCGUCACCACUGAGCCAUCGCUGUUGGCUAUCCUGAUUCGUCACCAUUCCAGUCCGGAGUCUGUCGCUCGGAUUGAUUCUUGUCCUGCUUGCGGGUCAUCCAAGUCGCCGCUCUUCAUGGUUCGCCGUCCAGUCCAGCUCCGGUAGCUCGCUCUGGUCCGCUCCAUUUCGUGGGUCCAUCCAGGUCUCCACCAUCGUCCGGUAUCAUCGAGGGGGUCUCGAUGUACUGCCCAUCCAAUUCAAGAUUGGAUCUCAUGCUCUUCAUGCAUUUGAUAAGUAUUCUGUAUCAAUUUUGAAUCAUUAUCAGCAUUUUUCAUUAUUUGUUCAAUUGCCUUGUUUGUUUAAUUAUUAUUUGACCUUUUCAGGGUUUACUUGGAAUUAUUUAUUCUAAAGUCGCGAUUCCCAUUUGUAGACACAACUUUUUACCAAUAUUUUUGGAAGUAUUGCAAGUAUUUGUACUUUACAUUUUUCAUAUCAGACUUAUUGAUAUAUCAUUUAAAGUUAGUCUAAGCCAUUUGUCACAUUUACGUUCUUGAAUACAGUGUCUGUUUCAUUUCACUGUACUACCUAUUUUAUAUUGUCUUUAAAAUUAUUAAUUACAUUGAAUAUAUGCUUUUCAAUUGACGUUCAACUCAUGAUUAUUUAGUGUAUCUAAUAAAACCUAUCCAGAACUACAAAGGUUUUAAUAUGUCCUGAAAGCAUUCGUUUUUUUGUUACCUUUAGUAUUUACAUUUCAAUUGUUCUGUUUUGGCAGUUUACCUUUACCUUUUGUACUUUUUGAGAUUACUCAUUGACCUGACUUUUCUCUAUUACUUAUUGCCAUUUGAAAGUUUAUUUUCUCUUUGAAUUUAUUCAUUAACUCAUUACGGAGCAUUACAUAUAGUAGUUUUGUACUUGUUCAUUAGUCACAAAUUGUUUUGUUUACUAGGAAUUUGGUCUAGUACCUAAAUUAAAUUUUCCUGUUAGCAAUUCAACAUU